CGGUUAUCUCUGAACGUUCUUCCGGCUUACAUGUUGGAAAAAAGAAAAGACGAAUGGAAAAAAUUGUAAUCCACAGAGCGACAAUUUCUUAGUUUUUUUUAGAAAUACGCUAAAAUGAGCUCACAACAAUUCCCCCGACACGCACUGCCUGCCUCCAGCGGGGGAGCACCUCAGAUCCCUACUACAGCAAACCUGGUGCCUGUCAAUCAGCCAUCCAACACAUCAGCGGGUGCAGAAGGAGGCAGUAAUCGUGAAGCGGACCAUGGUCAACAAGAUCACCCACCUACAGGAGGUGGGGGAACCUUGGCAUUCAGGGAUGACAAGCAGGAGACCAUGGUAGUCAGACCUUACCCCCAAGUGCAGGCGCACGGGCAGCCGCAAGCUGCUCCCCAAACUGUGUCCAUCCAGCCUGGCACACCUGUGACCGUACCUGCACCCUCUGUCCACCUCCCACAGGGACAGCCGGCAGUACUCACAGAGGGACAGAUGAAGGCUGUUUUGAAGUCACCGAUGCCAAGUCGUCUUAUUGCUCCGGCACCAGCUUCCAACCAGGCCCAUAUUCCCAUACCUCCCAAGGUCCCUGGCCACAUUGCUGUUCCCAUUGAGAGCACCAUUGCUGCCACACCUUCUAUCCCUGUGGCUACCAUCAGUGGGCAGCAGGGUCACUCCAGCAACUUGCACCACCUGAUGCCUGCCAACAUCCAAAUUAUCAGGGGACAACUUGGGGCCCCUGCUGUUCCUCCUCAGACUUUCACAUCGCAUUUACCUCGAGAGCACUUUUUCUUGAUCAGUGUCUUCUGUGCUUUGCAGGGGCUGCUGCAGCAGCGGUCAUGUCAAGCUCUAAAACAGUCUUGCGGCCGGCCACUGGCCCAAGUGCAGGUCCUGGCCAGCCUACAGUGCAGCACAUUAUCCACCAGACUAUCCAGGUGCUUCAUUUCGCGCCCUCCCAUAACAACCUCAACCGCUGUGCUUCCAACUGUGGUGGCCCCCAUUUCAGCGACUAGAACUCAGUCUCCAGUUAUCAGUCCAACAGUGACUCACUCUGAGGUGGCGCAUGGGCGUCCAGCGCUGACUAUUCAUCCCCCUUCUGCUACUGUCAGCAUUCAGAGGCCUCAGACCACCCGUGACACUGCUACACGGAUCACUCUGCCAUCACACCCUGCUAUUGGAGCUCAAAAACCCCAGGCUCCACACACCAUGGCACAGAAGCCAAUCUUUAGUACUGUGACACCAGUAGCUGCAGCAACUGUGGCACCCAUUGUUGCCACAAACACUGUGCCAUCAACAACCACGAUAGGCACUGUGCCACAUACCCAAAUGACCAGUAGCACUAUUGUCACCAUGGCAAUGGCCUCACACUCUUCUCACGCCACAGCAGUGACCACCUCUGCCAUCCCUGUUGCUAAAGUGGUCCCUCAACCAAUCGCCCAUUCUUCAUCCCGCGUUCAGCCUGACUACCCAGGAGAGAGAGCCAACCUCAUCCCCAUCCCAGGCCACAGGUCCUCUCCCAAUCCUGUAACCAUGGAAGCCAGAAAUGACAACAGACCCUCAGUACCGGUUCAGUUCCAGUAUUUCUUACCGACGUACUCCUCAUCGUAUCCUCUGACGCACACCUACACCCCCAUCAGCAGCUCCGUCUCCACCAUCCGCCAAUAUCCAGUCACCCCUCAAGCGCCGAGUUCAGCACUGCCAACUCAGGCUGGGGUGGGCGUGGCCACCACUGUCCACCUAAACCAUAUGCAGCUGAUGGCAGUGGAUCGGAUUGGUCUCCCCUCUGCUCAGAUCAGCACCCAGGGGAUCCAGCCACCCCCGAUCGCUGCACAGGGCAUACAGCCCGGUCAAAUAGGGGUUCAGGGCCUGCAUACGCCUGCCCCGAUGACCACACAAGGAAUACAGCAGACGCCGAUUGUCACUCAGCAGCAGCAGCAAACGCAGUCUGAGGCGAAGCCUGGGGUCGUAUUGGCUGAUGGAUUUGUAGCGAGCCCCAUUAGCAGCACAUUCGGUACAACCCAGCCAGUGGCCACCAUGGUGCAGGCCCACAGCCAGGGAGGAGUGGGGGGCGCUCCAACACUGGUAUCAUCUCCCCGCCCUAGCAUCCUCCGCAAGAAGCCUGCUAAUGAAGCGUGGAAUUUCCUGUUGUCAAUUAUCCUAAUUGUGUAUUGGUGCUGUAGGUGUGUCCGUAAAAAUCUGAUCACCGCCCAACCCAAUGAUUCCAGCACCGGCAGAAUCGAGAGUGGUGUACGAGUGGCCGGAUCUCCCAGGCCACCAGGUUUAAAACCCAAGGCGGAGUUGCACAUGGCUGUGGCCCCCCCUGUGAUGGCCACGGUCGAAGCGUUGCCCAAUCAGGGAGGAGAGCAGCAGGCGGUGGCCUCCAACCCUCAGCACCUGGCUCAAGCCAUCCCCACCAUGCUCGCCACGCCCGGGCCCGUGCCCCCCUCCCAGCCCUCCACCGUUCUCUCCUCCCUGCCUGCGGCCAUGGCUGUGACCCCCCCCGUUCCUGCUUCAAUGGCCAACACCGUGGCGUCCCCCACUCAGCCCGCAGCCAGUAGCACCGCGGCAUGCGCUGCCAGCUCCGCCUGCCCGGAUGUGAAAAUCAAGCAGGAGGCCGAGACGAUGGACACCUCCCAGCCAGGUCUGUCAUCGGCGCCGGCCCUCACCAGCCAGGCUUCCACGCUGAAUGCUCCCACGACAGGUGACCUCAUCCCCGGGGCGUCCCCGAGGAAGAAGCCCCGAAAACAGCAGCACGUCAUCUCCACCGAGGAGAGUGAAAUGGUGGAAACCAACAGCACAGAUGAAGAAAAGGCCCCGGGGAGGCCUAUCACAAGCAGGGCAGAGAGACGGGAAUCGCCACCAAGGGAAUACGUCGAUGAAGAAGGAGUGCGAUAUGUGCCGGUCCGGCCUCGCCCACCCGUUACCCUUUUGCGCCACUACCGUAACCCCUGGAAGGCUGCUUACCACCACUUCCAGCGAUACAGCGACAUUCGGGUUAAAGAGGAGAAGAAGGGCUCCCUGCAGGACAUGGCCAAUCAGAGAGGAGUGGCAUGCAGAGCACAAGGUUGGAAAAUCCACUUGUGUGCUGCACAGCUCCGCCAAUUGUCAAGUUUGGAGCAUGAUGUGUACAGCCGCCUCUCCACUCUCCAAGAGGGCCUGAUUCCAAAGAAGAGAGCAGGGGCGGACGAUGACCUCCACCGAAUCAACGAGCUCAUACAGGGUAACAUGCAGCGCUGCAAGCUGGUGAUGGACCAGGUGACCGAGGCCAGAGACACCAUGAUGAAAGUGCUCGACCACAAAGAGAAAGUGCUGAAGCUACUCAAUAAGAACGGCGCCGUCAAAAAGUCCUCCAAACUGAAGCGCAAAGAACGGGCAUGAGCACGAGUUUGUCACUCGUCAAACAACCACCUCGUCGCCCUCUUUUGAAGCGGAGGGAAGGAGCUACUUUGAACUUUGGUGCUAUGAUUUGCUGCAUACAAUCGCAUGCACCUUCUCGGUCCACCGGAGAGUGGACGGAGAGGACACACAGGGAAGCGUCAACGAGCAGAAAAGUCCCUCAGAAACAGGUUCUCAUUAAUGACAAAGUGCACAUAUUGAGUGUGAAGUAUUCUUAGGUUGUAUUAUUGUGGCCUAUUGGAUGGCCAUGCUUUUUUUUUUUUAAAAGUCCCCCGAAGUUAUUUUUUACUAACUUAGUUUCUGCCUCUUAUUUUAAGACAGUAUGACGAUGGAACAUUAUCUAUGAUUUUCGGCACUCGGCAUAUACUGUCAGAGAGACUAAACGUUGCGUUAUGAAUGACCCCCAAAAAUGGAGGAAAUCAGUCUUUUCACUAACUGUGUACAAACUAAUCUCAGCUGUGCUCUUUUCAUCAGUCUGUGCCUUCAUUUUGUCACGUGUACAUGAAUUGAAUAGAGACAUGUAAAAAAAAAAAAAAUGCAGGGGGAGAAGUUUUUUUGUUUUUUUUUUAAUCAAAAGUAAAAAAAAAUUGUUGAUUUGCUCUGUCUACUUUGGGUACACGGUUGCUGUUAUCAGCCACAAGUCUAUGCCUAACCUCAAAAAUCUAAGUGCUCCCAUGGUUUUGAGAUGAAUGAGAAUCUGAAUGUGGCAUGUCGGACUGAUUUAAUGUAGGAAAAAAAAAAUAGUCCCGAAGAAUCCUUAGAUUUGAAAGACAGAAUGCCAAAUCAACUUUAUAUUGAACUGCUGUGUUUGAUCCUCCAAAAGAUAAAUAGGUGUUAGGACAGUGAUGACUGUGCUUUGUUUCGGCUUCAAUAGAAGGCCCACUGGUCAGCUAUUCUCAUUUGGUCGGGGGGGGCAGAUAAAAUUAGUGUAAAUCACUGUAAAUGUGCUUUUGGUUUUCCAUUUGACCUGGUUCUUUUACAAGUUUUUUUUUUUUUUUUGUACUCAAAUAUUUGUGUGCUGUGUCCGACGUGUUAUUUCGUGCUGCGGAGUGUGAUGAUUUUCCAUGACGCAGGAUGAAGCGAGCCUGAAACAUCUGGCAGCCCAUUGUACAUUGUUAUGUCUGUGUAAUUAUAGUAAAGAUACUUAAAGAUGAAAA